UUACAGUGGGACCCUGCCAGUGACAGACGCUCCAUCCACUGAUGCUCAGCAAAGCCUGAAACUUUUUACAUACCGACAGCAUGAGGGCCUUUAUUCCGACUGCGGCGCUGCUGUGGGUGAUAACAAUGCCCUGCCUAGAAGCCAUCCACGGACUGUAUAACUUUGGCCAGCAUGAGCUAUUCUACAAAAAGAACAACUGCAAGGCAAUCCCUGCGAAUCUCCUACUUUGCCACGAUAUAGAGUACAGGGAGAUGCGCCUCCCCAACCUGCUCGGACACGAAACCAUGAACGAAGUUCUGCAGCAAGCCUCCUCUUGGAUCCCGCUGGUGCAGAAACAGUGUCACCCGGACACAAGAAAGUUCCUCUGCUCUCUUUUCGCUCCAGUCUGUCUGGACGAUUUGGACGAGCCCAUACAGCCGUGCAGGUCUCUCUGUGAAAAUGUCAAGCGCGGCUGCGCGCCCGUGAUGUCCGCGUUUGGCUUUCCGUGGCCAAAGAUGUUGGACUGCGAGCGCUUCCCACUCGACAACGACCUGUGCAUACCGCCUGCAAGCACCGACAGCUUUGCGCCAGUCACCAAAGAGGUGCCCAGGGUGUGCGAUGCUUGCAAGGAAACGGAAGAAAAUGACAACGAAAUUGUUGAGAACUUGUGUAAAAAUGACUUUGCUCUGAAAAUCAAAGUGAAGGAGAUCUCCUACAUCAACGGUGACACCAAAAUAGUGCCGGACACGAAGAGCAAGACCAUCUACAUGAUGAACGGCGUGACGGAGCGCGACUUCAGGAAGACGGUGCUGUGGCUGAAGGACGGGUUGCAGUGCAUCUGCGAGGAGAUGAACGACAUCAACGCCGCCUACCUGGUCAUGGGCCAGAAGAUGGACGGCCAUCUGGUCAUCACCUCGCUGAAGCGCUGGCAGAAGGAACAGCGCGAGUUUAAGAGGAUUUCACGUAGCAUCCGCAAGUUACAGUGCUAGGAAAGUGGGGAGUGGGGGGGACCUGCAUGUUAAGGUUAAAGGGCAAGUUUUGUUGGUCAUCCUUCCUUUGUGUUCGCAGUUCUGGUUUUUCUGCUCUACAGCUUCAAAGAUGUUUCCCUGGCCUCAGAGGACACACAGCUUUCUGUUUCUUCCUUUGGCUUCUAAUUAAAUAAACCCGAUCUUUACAUAAAAAAGGUUAAUAUAGGGUAUAAAAUAAUUUAAAACAGACAAAUAAAUAACAAGCGUUUAUUUGACUCUGUAACUAUAACUGGGUGUUUUAUUGUGAAAAUCAGCCAACGACUUGGAUUCAUUUUGGAUUCGCUGAUAAAAUUAGUGCCCCCUUGUGGCCAGUUUGAAGAUGUGCGUCCUUCCCUGGGAAUGGUCUUUGCGGCCACCCCAUCGGUUGCAGUUAAUUGCACUCAGCUGCUGUCCAAGGUCCAGAGGAAUCACAAAUUGCACGGACAGAGUGAAAACUAGCAACGCUUUGAAACGAGGAUUAAAAAUGACUGACUCUACUAAUCAGUGGCAGAUGUGGCGUGCUGUUUAAAUCCCACAGAGUUACUUUAUCAGACCUUGAGACUUUUUUUCUUUUUUUUUUCUGGGGGUCACGUCAGCUGUUAAAUCUUUUUUAAAGUUUUUAAACUGACAUUUCUAUAAAUAUAAACGUCCCAUUUAAAAAAAACAACUUAAAUUGCAGUUAAAGACCUGGACAGCUUUGAAAUAAUAUCUGUGCUCAAAAUGAUCUAAGAGCUCUAACAGAUCUGGUGAGAUUUUUGGGUCAAGUAAAUGAAGUAUUUACAUUUUACAGAAAGCCACUUCUGCAAUAGCUCCCCAGACACUAAAGGGGAUUCAUUUCACAUGGUGCUUAAUGAGUAAAAGCUGUGAUCCCUGUGUGCUUAGUGAAAUGUUCAAAUAUUUGUGGUUUUGUAUUCCUACCAUUUCCUCAAGCAAAAAAAAAAACAAAAACAAAAAAAAGAAGCAAAAUGAGAGAUAGCUGGCUAUAUUCUCUUCCUGUUCAGUAUUUUAAUAUUCUUGGUAAACUUUUGUAAUUGAGCAACAGUAUAAUUUUCUACCACCAUAUGAUCAAAUGAAUAUUUUUCUUUUCUUUUUUUUUUUUUUUUUUUUUUUUUUUAAGCCCAAACCUUCACAUGUAAUUUAAACUUUUAACUUUGCAUCUACAUUCUGAGUAACACAAACUGGUUCUUGUAUCGAUGAUGGACAGUAGCUGUUUGUUGAGCAGGUAACAUGGUAAAUGCAAGUAAUUGUGUGUUUGUGUGUAUGUUUGAAACAUAAGUCAUUUUGGAUGUAUUACAGUGUAAAUAUCAAAUACUGUCAUUUAUUCUUGUGCAAAGUUUUCAGCAAUUAAAAUAUACAAACUUAA